UUAGUCCAACUGAUACUUUCCUCUUUCUUUCUUUAGGGGUUCGCAGCGUCCCGCAAACCCUCAAAAACCCACCGAACAUGGUUUGAUCUUCCGGCGAAUUUCGCCGCCGACCGAUCGUUUUCGUCACCAUAUCACAUCCAUAUCUUUUCCACUAGGCUUUGCUGCCAUGGAAGAUGCUCAAUCAGUUGCUACACUCAUGGAUUCCACGAGCUCUAAGAUUCAACAACUUCAGAAAGCAUUUGCUGAGCUCGAAAGUCAUCGUGCCGUAACUCUGAAUUUAAAAUGGAAACAACUUGAAGAACAUUUUCAUGGACUUGAGAAGUCCCUGAAGAGGCGUUUUAAUGAAUUGGAAGACCAAGAAAAGGAACUCGAGAGCAAGGCAAUGGAAGCCCAAGAGUUGUUGGUGAGGCGUGAAGCAGCUGUCACAGCCAAGGAACAAGCUUCAUUGGAGAGGCUCCAAGAGAAGAGAGAUGCUGCAGUCUCUGCAAUUCUAGAUAAGCACAGGAAGGUAUUUCCCGGAGAACCUGCUGUUGUCACGAGUGAGGGCCAAGGUGGAACAGCAUUUGUGGAAGAGAAACCACCUGAUGCCAUGGCUGCUGAGACUCCUGAGAGUAACAACGAAGACAUGAAGAAGACUUCUGAAAUUGGAAAUGUGGAGGUGAUGUCUUACCCCCAGCUAGUCAAAUUAUGUCAAGAGAUGGACUCAGAAGGGCUCCACAAGUUCAUAUCAGACAACCGUAAGAAUCUUGCUGCCAUAAGGGAGGAAAUUCCACUUGCAUUAAAGGCUGCAGCUGAUCCAGCUUCUUUGGUUUUGGACUCCCUCAAGGGUUUCUACUGCAUGGAACUGCCAAAUCUGGAUGGAAAAAAAGAUUCAAAUCUACUGGGUCUACGCCGAACAUGUAUCAUGUUGAUGGAGUGCCUUAGCAUUUUGUUAACAAGCCUGGAUCUGGGCUCUGUUUCAAAUGUAAUCCCAGAAGAUGUAAAAGAACGAGCAAAGGCUAUUGCUGAAGAGUGGAAACCAAAGUUAGAUGAUCUUGAUGUGGAUGCUGGCAAUGGGAACUCCUUAGAGGCUCAUGCAUUUUUACAACUUCUAGCCACUUUUGGUAUUAAUUCUGAUUUUGAUCAGGACGACUUAUCCAAGUUAAUACCGAUGGUUUCUCGUCGUCGCCAAGCAGCUGAUCUGUGUCGUUCCCUUGGAUUGUCAGAUAAGAUGCCAGGUGUAAUUAUUGUUUUGGUGAAUAAUGGAAGGCAAAUUGAUGCUGUUAACCUAGCUUUUGCAUUUGAGCUCACAGAGCAGUUUUCACCUGUUUCAUUACUGAAAUCCUACUUGACAGAGGCAAGAAAAGUUUCUUCACCUGUAAGAUCUGGAAAUCAAUCUCCUACUCUGCAGAAUGAGGUCAAUGAAAGGGAGCUGACUGCACUUAAGGCUGUGAUCAAGUGCAUUGAAGACCACAAGCUUGAAGAGCAUUACCCCCUGGAUCCACUCCAAAAACGGGUUCUCCUGAUAGAGAAGGUGAAGGCAGACAAGAAAAGGGCAACAGAAGUUGCAAAACCUCAACCCAAAAGACCCCGUGCUAAUGGCGUAGGAUAUGUGCCCCGAGUCACUAAUGUUGCCACUGACAAGAAUUUCUAUCCUAGAAUGACCGAUAGGUAUCCCCAGUACAUUUAUGACAGACCAUAUGUUUACCCCGGACCAACUGACAACCAUGUCCCCUCACUUCUUGGUUCUGCUACUUACAACCUAUCCCCUAGUCAUGGCAACUACUUUGGAAAUGGCUUCCAGUACCAGGCUCCAUAUCUUCACUAGUUAGUAGGAUGUUUAAGCUUUGAUUAUGAUCCUCUUAACUGUUAGUGUUAACCCUUCAGUUCGUCAGAUGCUGCAAUGUAUGAUCAUUAAAAAAAAAAAAAAAAAGAAAAAAAAAAAUCGAAAAAAAGAAGGAAAACAACUAGCCAUGUUGAUCUUUAAUUUGUUGUACAAGCUAAUACUGUGAUCCUUUUAAUAUAUGUACUGUUUACUUUGUUGUGUA